ACUGCACUACUGUGAAUCAUCAUUCGAAAUAUUUUUCUGCUUUUAGUGAAAUCCAUAAAAUUGGUAUUGCAAGUUUCUGUGCAUCGUUUUAGUCCUAAAAAUGUCUGAUCUUCUGAGUGUACCACUUAAAAAGCCAACGGAUGUUGAUGUUACGCGACCGCUGAAUAAUUUGAUAAAGAGUUCGUACAGCAGCUUGGGACCGGAGAAGAUAUCGGAAAUCAGCGAUUCUGUAAACAAAUUCAAUCAACAACGGAACUCAGCGGUAUGGAAAGCUUUUGAAAAAUUCGAGAGCUCCCUGGAAAUAGUAUAUGGGUACUAUGAUCAACUGUGUGCUCUGGAAACAAAGAUUGUGAUACAAGACUUCCAAGUGCCUUUCAAAUGGAAAGACGCAUUUGAUAAAGGAUCUAUAUUUGGAGGUCGGAUGAGUUUGACUUUAGCUUCACUGAGCUACGAGAAAGUAUGCAUACUAUUCAAUAUAGCAGCACUGCAAAGUGCAGUCGCAUCUUCACAAGGACUCGACAGUGACGAAGGUCUUAAGUCUGCAGCCAAGCUGUUUCAGCAAAGCGCCGGUAUUUUCAAUCUUUUGAAAGUUGCUGCUGCUGCGGCUAUUCCACAGGAACCUACGAUUGAUCUAUCGAUGGAAACAUUGAACGCGCUGACAAGUCUUAUGCUUGCACAAGCCCAGGAAAUUUUUGUUUUCAAGGCAAUUAAGGAUAGCAUGAAGGAUCUAAUCGUUGCUAAACUAUGCUGCCAGUGCGAAGAAAUGUACUCGGAAGCUUUAAGGCUACUACAGAAGGAGUCGGUACGAACCUUGUGGGACAAAGAUUGGAUCGCCACAGUCGCCGGUAAGCAAGCAGGAUUCCAUGCACUAACCAUGUUCUACCAUAGUUUGGUCUCAAAAAGUAACAAAGCGGUUGGUGAAGAGAUUUCGCGACUUCAAAAAUCCGUAGAGUUGUUUAAGAUUGCUCAGUCUCGCUCAGGAAAGCCAAACUUCAUGGAAGAGUACGCUUCUAAAGCGCAGAAAAAUCUAACUGAAGCCAAAAAGGAUAACGAUUUUAUAUACAAUGAAAUGAUUCCCGAUAUCAAUGUGCUGCCGGGCCCAGGAAAAGCACAGCUAGCAAAGCCUCUCCCAGUUGCUAACCCAAUGAGUUUGAAUUUUAAAGAUCUGUUCGCGGAUCUGGUUCCCGUAGCGUUGCAUCAAGCUAUGGCUGCGUGUGACAAUAGGAAAAGCGAAAUCGUUAACGGUGAAAUUAUGAAACUAAGAGAUGCUACCCAGGCAAUCAAUGGUUUGCUUUCAAGCUACAAUCUACCAGCCGCCAUUGAAGUCACUGAAAGUGGAUCCUCGCUGCCGCCAUCCAUCCUAGACAAGGCCAACACAGUGCGUGAGAAAGGUGGCAUCGAAGGGUUACUGAAAAUGGUCGGAGAUUUGCCUGAAUUGUUAAAUCGCAAUCGCGAAAUUCUGGAUGAGGCUGAACGAAUGCUUAACGAUGAGGCUAGCUCCGAUGAACAGUUACGUGAUAAAUUCAAAGAACAGUGGACUCGUACUCCCUCGAGCAAGUUGACGCAAACAUUCCGUGAAAAUUGUGAAUCUUAUCGUAAAAUUAUCAACAAUGCCAUUACGGCCGAUAAAACAGUUCGUGAAAAGUUCGAAAGCAGCCGUCGAGGCAUUGAGCUUUUGUCCAUGUCCCAAGAACAGCUGGCUGAUGAAGUGCCUUGUGGGAUAUCCACCAACAAAGACUGCAAUUCAUCUGCUGCUCAAAAACUCAGGACCCUAAUGGAAUCUGUAGAAACUAUUAAGGCCGAGCGUGAUGUAAUUGAAUCUGAGCUGCGAGCUGCCACCGUUAAUCUGAAGGAACAGUUUCUAGCAGCACUGGCAGCUGACGGUGCUAUUAAUGAACCUGCCUUAUCGUUGGCAGAAAUAGGAAGAACAAUUGCGCCGUUGCAAACACAGGUUCAGGAUAAUCUCUCACGUCAAGAGGCACUAAUUCAAGAUAUCAAAAAAGCCCAACAAGAAUUUGCGGCUGAAUCCGGAUCCUCGAACCAAUCAAGCGAUAAUAUGUUGACUCAGUUGGCAACGGCUUACGACGUAUUUUCUGAACUGCAACACAAUUUGCAAGAUGGAGCUAAAUUUUACAACGAUUUGACGCAGCUAUUGAUAACCUUCCAGAAUAAAAUUUCUGACUAUUGUUUUGCUAGAAAAACUGAAAAGGACGAAUUGUUGAAAGAUUUAACUCAGCAAGCCAGCCGACAAGCACAACCACCGACUCCUAGUAUUCCUGCACAUCUUGUGUCUACUACACCAGCUGCUCCCGAAGUAUCGUCAGCUCCUACUGCAUCAUCGGCCCCCGCAAUGCAAACUCCGUAUCCUAUGCAACCACAAGGAAUGCCGGUGCCCUAUGGAGCCACAGCCAACAUUCCUUACCCGACAUACAUACCGCCUCCGAUGCCUCAAGGAUUCAAUCCUUAUGCUACUCUACCAUAUCCAAAUGCCUAUCAAGGGUUUCCACAAGCACCUGCAUAUUAUGGAACAUACCCUGGGGCAUAUGCCAAUCAGCAAGGGCAGCAGCAACCAACACAAGAUCCGAACAAGCCAUUUGGAUGGUAGUGAGAUGAUGAACAUAUAAGUUACAGCACAUUUUUAAUAUACAUACAAAGCUUUCUGUCUUUAAAUUUCAAAUUUUCGAAUGAUUAAGUACUCAUCGCAUUUAAUCGGCAUGUUUUCAAUAUCAAAAUUUAUUAUUGUUUGUCAUAUUAUCCAAGUUGAUGUUUACCUACAACACUAGAAAAGCUAUAAAAAGUAUAACUUGAAUAUUGUUUAAAUAAUUGCUGUUUUAAUGAACAGCCAAUUUGAAUUGAUCCUGUUAUGAAAAUAAACUGAAAAAUAAAUAGUUACAAGAUCAUA